UCUCUAGCACAUGGGUUUGUUAUUAUGUGGACUUUGACAGCAGUUUCGCUUCAGUAUUACGCAGAGCUUUUAUACCAGAGCUGUUGCUACAGUUUAACAUCCUUCUAAAUGCUGGUUUAGCUUAAAAAUUUGUAAAUUUGUGACAAAGACAAAGGUCUUUUGCUAUAUUUCAAAAGUGAUUUAAUGAUUAGUUGAGGUUUGUGCUUUAAAGAUAAGGCUUUUUCCACGAACCACAGCAGUUAUAAUGGAUACCAGUCCAUUCAUUUUAGAUGGAGGUCUAGCAACAGAACUUGAAGCGAGUGGAUUUCAAUUACAGAACGAUCCACUAUGGAGUGCAAGAAUUUUGCAUACAAACCCACAGGCCAUUAAGGAUGUACAUUACAGCUAUCUCCAAAGCGGUUCUGAUGUUAUAACAACAGCCACAUAUCAGGCCAGCAUUGAGGGAUUUGUGAAAUAUCUUGGACUCCAGCCUGAGGAGGCUCAGCUGAAGAUAAUGUCAGGGGUUCAGCUGGCAAAAGAGUCCGUCCUUGAGUUCAUGUCUAACUCACCCUUAUCAGACAGAAGAGAGCCUGUGGUUGCAGGUUCAGUGGGUCCAUAUGGGGCGUUUUUACAUGAUGGGUCAGAGUACACAGGAGCAUAUGAGGACAAGAUGACAGUGGGGGAGUUGAAAGACUGGCAUCGUCCACAGAUCCAGUGCUUAGUAAAAGCCGGAGCAGAUCUUGUUGCCAUGGAGACCAUUCCAAGUCUCAAAGAGGCUGAGGCUUUGGUGGAAGUACUCAGAGAAUUUCCAGAAGCAAAAGCCUGGCUUUCCUUUUCUUGUAAGGACAUUCAUAAUAUUUCAAGCGGGAGGAGCUUUUCUGAGGCGGUUCAGGUGGCUUGUAGGUCCUCACAGCUGGUUGCAGUAGGGGUGAACUGUUGUCCCCCUUCGUUACUGGAACCGCUUCUAGAGUCAGCCAAGUCAUACAAGAAAGCAGAUUUGAGCUGGGUGGUUUAUCCUAACAGUGGAGAAGAAUGGGACCCCAAAAUAGGAUGGAAGACCGAGAAACGGACGUCAUUUGCCAAACUAAGUCUCGACUGGAAAGAACAAGGGGCUUUGUGGAUUGGUGGCUGCUGCCGUGUUGGUCCUGCUGAUAUCACUGAGCUGAAACAACAACUACAUGUAUAGCCGUGACUCAUGAAACAACAUAUCAUGUAGCUGAUUCUGAAAUAAUGCAGUGAUGUGUAAGAAGGUGUAUAAAUAUUUUAUUUAUAAAUAAAAAUAAUACCAACACACUAGAUUGA